AUUAGUUAUGAUAGUAGUUGAUAACAAAAGAGAACAGUGUGUCAUUGUUUCAGCUGAGACUAUUCUUUCUCUUUUCUUGGAAUCCCAACUACAGGCCCUUCUCCACUGUCGGGUUGUAAGGUAUGCAAUUGUUGAGUUUUUUCUUGUGCUGAGAAGAAGAAUAAGAAGAAAGGUGUUGUCAAAAGUGGAGAAUUUCUCAUAGGUUUGAAUUCUUCAGCUCUUCUUCAUGUUCAAUGAUGAUGGCGCAGCAACCAAGCUUAACGGGUCAACUUGUGGGUUCAGAGAUACAUGGCUUCCACACAUUGCAAGACCUGGAUGUUGAAAACACCAUGGAGGAAGCAAAGAGCAGAUGGCUUCGUCCCAAUGAGAUUCAUGCUAUACUCUCAAAUUCCAAAUAUUUCACUAUCCAUGUCAAGCCAGUGAAUAAGCCCAAAAGUGGUCGUAUUAUAUUAUUUGACCGCAAAAUGCUUAGGAACUUCCGAAAAGAUGGGUACAACUGGAAGAAGAAAAAUGAUGGGAAAACAGUUAAAGAAGCACAUGAGCACUUAAAAGUUGGUAACGAAGAAAGGAUACACGUAUAUUAUGCACAUGGCCAAGAUAACCCAGGACUUGUUCGUAGAUGUUAUUGGUUGCUUGAUAAGAGGCUGGAGCACAUAGUCCUUGUUCAUUACCGUGAAACACAAGAGUCACAAGUUUCUCCUGUCACACCUGUAAAUUCUCAUUCUAGUUCAGCCUCUGACCAACCAUGGUUAUCAGAAGAAUUAGACUCAGGGACCAACACUGCUUAUGCCAGUGGAUUUAAUGACAAUUUGACGGUUGAGAGUCAUGAAAUGAAGCUUCAUGAGCUUAAUACACUUGAAUGGGAUGACCUCGUGCUUUCAAACGACAACACCUCUACAAUAGUCACUAGUGGAAAUGUUCAAUCCUUUAAUCAACAAAACCAAAGUUUUCUGAAAGGGAGCUCUGGCAAUGUAGCAAGCAAUUUGGUUCCAGAAAUUCAUUCUUUCAGUAAGUUAGCUCAGCCAAUUGUUGAGAGCAAUAGUGUUCCUUACAGUAUUCCAGAUAGUGUUGAUUUUCAGAGGACUUCUCCUAUCUCUUUAGCUGGUGUUGAUUCCUCGAACACUUUGGUAAAUCCAAGCUUGCAAAGUCAGGACAGCUUUGGAAUGUGGAUAAACAAUAUGAUAUCUGAUUCGCCACCUUGUUCUGUUGAGUCAGCUCUUGAAUCCUCAAUUUCUUCGUCGGUUCAGGGGCAAUAUUCAUCACUGGUGGCUGGUAAUCAGCUAUCUUCUCUGCCUGAACAAGUAUUUACUAUCACUGAUGUGUCCCCGACAUGGGCUUCUUCCACCGAGAAAACUAAGAUCCUUGUAACUGGUUUAUUUCAUAAUGACUAUCAACACCUUGCAAAGUCCAAUCUAUAUUGUGUCUGCAGUGAUGCAAGUAUUCCUGUAGAAACUGUUCAGCUUGGAGUCUACCGAUGCUGGGUAUCACCGCAUUCUCCUGGAUUUGUGAAUCUCUACUUGAGCUUUGAUGGCCGUAAACCAAUUAGUCAAGUUGUUAACUUUGAGUAUCGGACACCACUAUUGCACGAUCCUACUGCUUUUAUGGAACAGAAAUACGACUGGGAAGAAUUUCGACUUCAAAUUAGGCUUACUAAUUUGCUUUUUGAUACAAAAAAGAGCCUUGAUAUUUUCUCUAGUAAAGUGUCACCCAAGUCGCUGAAAGAGGCUAGGAAAUUUGCCUUUAAAACAUCUUUUAUUUCUAAAAGCUGGCAAUACCUGAUGAAAUCAACUGAGGAAAAUACAAUUCCAUUUCCACAAGCAAAAGAUGACUUGUUUCAAAUUGCUUUGAAAAACAGAUUAAAGGAAUGGCUUUUGGAACGAAUCAGCUUAGGUGUUAAGACUACUGAACAUGAUAAACAAGGGCAAGGAGUAAUUCAUUUGUGUGCAAUUCUGGGAUAUACUUGGGCUGUUUCUUUAUUUUCAUGGUCCGGCUUGUCUCUUGAUUUCCGUGACAAAUUUGGAUGGACAGCUCUACACUGGGCAGCAUAUUAUGGAAGGGAGAAAAUGGUUGGAACUCUUUUGUCUUUUGGGGCAAAGCCAAAUUUGGUCACAGAUCCAACUCCCCAAAAUCCUGGUGGAUGUACUGCUGCUGAUCUUGCUUAUAUUAAGGGCUAUGAUGGGUUAGCGGCUUAUCUUUCAGAAAAGUCUCUGGUCGAGCAAGUCAAUGACAUGAACCUAGCCGGAAAUAUCAGUGGCCCACUGGAAACCACCACAGUGGAUAUAGGAAACACUGAGAACCUUACCGAGGACCAACUCUAUCUCAAGGAGACACUGGCAUCUUACCGCACUGCAGCUGAGGCAGCAGCACGGAUACAAUCUGCAUUUAGGGAGCACUCUCUAAAAUUGCGAUCUAUGAAAAUUGAAUCUUUAAGUCCAGAGGAUCAAGAACGCCAAAUAGUGGCAGCAAUGAAGAUCCAGCAUGCUUUCCGCAACUAUGAGACAAGGAAAACGAUGGCAGCCGCUGCUCGAAUCCAAUAUAGAUACCGUACAUUUAAGUUGAGAAGAGAAUUUCUCCACAUGAAACGCCAGGUUAUUAGAAUUCAGGCUGCUUUCAGGGGAUUUCAAGCCAGGAAGCAAUAUCGCAAAAUUAUUUGGUCUGUUGGAGUGCUUGAGAAAGUAAUCCUGCGUUGGCGUUUGAAGAGAAAAGGUUUCCGUGGUCUCCAGGUCAAUCAUGACCAAGAAAUGAAAGAUGAGACACAGGGAAGCGACAUAGAGGAGGACUUCUUUAGGACUAGUAGGAAACAAGCUGAAGAACGUGUUGAGAGGUCUGUCGUGCGUGUACAAGCCAUGUUCCGUUCUAAGAAGGCACAAGAAGAGUACAGAAGGAUGAAGCUGGCACAUAAUCAAGCACAGCUGGAGCUUGAAUUUGAAGAACUACUGAUUUGUGGAGAUGACAUGAUAACGGAGAAGCAGUAAACUUGUUAAAAGAGUUAUGUAACAAACUAGUGAUAGGUUGGUGCUAUUUUGUAUAGCUUGUAUGUAUAUCUUGUAAAUUUAUCAGUGUAGAUUUUAAUCUAUGAACCUUUCAAACGCUUUGAUGUAUAUUCAAUGGAUCAUGUAUGAAGCUUUCAUGUGCAGUGUAAUUUAACUCUAUGGUGGGUGCUUCUGAUGAAGAUGUUUCUUAAGGAGCACCCCUUCUAGAGUUGAAUAGAUAUCAUUAUUCUAAGAGCCGAAUACCUGCAUGAUCUUACAUGGCUCCUAAACCUAUCCCUUCUGUCCAAUUGUAGCAUUAAUAUUUCUUACAACAAUUAGAACAAUUGAUGGAAAUUAUGGUGAUGAUUGAAUAAAAUAUGGUGGUUGGGUGUGCA